AUGGCCAAGGUUCUUGAGCGUUUCAUCCACUACUACACAAGCGCCGUAAGUAUUGAAGAUGGUCAGUUUGGGUUUCAACCUCAAGUCUCAACCGACAUGGCUAUAUUCGCGCUAAAGCAGGUUUUCGGUUACUACAAGCAGGGAAACACUGCAGUCUAUGCGUGGUUUUUAGAUAUAAGUCGCGCCUUUGAUACACUUAAUCACGAUCUGCUGUGGAAGAAGCUGCGGGACACAAGUGUCCCUUCUGAGAUUGUUGGCCUCCUCGAGUAUUGGUACCGUAACCAGACGAACAGUGUCAGAUGUGGAUCUGAACUGUCAGACUGCUAUCAGCUCCCAUGUGGUGUGAGACAGGGGGGCUACCUCUCCUGA